AUGCCGAGAGAGUGUGCAAAGCUGCGUCCAUUCCUGGAGCUUCCGUUCAAGCUUGGACCUUCUGCAUCUCCCCCGGCGCUAUGGAAGCGGCUUUGUCCUACAGGCGGCCACGAUUUCCUGAUUCAGCAUGCGGCGAUGCGGCUGUGCACCGAGCAUGAGACAUCAAUUGACCUGACCUUCGUACAAGUCGCCCAACGCGCUGAAGCUUGCUCGCACUUCUCCAGUCGCGUAGGGCGUGCUUCAGUUGUCACCAGUUCCACCCACACUUUGAAGGAAGUCAAGUCCCAGAUCUUGUCGUACAUGGACCAGAAUGGCACUGACGCGGGGCGAUUUGGUCCUCUACCGGGCUGCCACCUUGCAUGUGGCUUCCUUGAAUCUGUCCUGGCGCGGCGUGUGUCAUACCCGCACAGCUCCACCUACGAGUUCGAAGAGUCGCGAUAUUGGUCGCAACAGCAAGAGCUCACGAAACCUACAUGUCGCUUCUCUCCCGCAUCAGCAGAAGAAACCUCUCUCGCCGUAUUGACUUUUCGUGUUACCAAUUGCAAGUUUGCGGUUAAGAGCGGUGGUCAUGCUGCUUUCGCAGGCGCCUCCAAUGUUGAGGGCGGGGUGACAAUCGAUCUGAUUCAUCUCAACCAACUUGCUCUCUCAGCUGACAAGACUCAGGCGUCAAUUGGCGCUGGAAAUGUUUGGUAUGAUGUGUACGCAUAUCUGCAGCCCGAAAACGUUACCGUGAUUGGGGGGAGAGUAUCUGCUAUUGGCGUCGGAGCGGCAUAUCCCCAAGGUGACCUCUGGGCGGGCUCGGAGACUUUCCUGUACACGAACGAGACUGCGGCUGCCAUCAACAGCGCUUUCUAUUACCUCGGCAUCAACGCGCCCUCUGAUCCAUAUGCCCAGGUCAUAAUCGCCUACGCGUACGCGCAAUCACAGGAUGUCUUUGUGAUUGCGUCGGAUCUCCAGUAUGCGAAACCAAUACCGAAUCCAGUAAUUUUACAAAACUUUACCUCUGUAGCCGGUGCCAUCGCUAGUACACUUCGCGUUGUUGAUCUGGCGAUUCUCACCGUCGAGUUUAAUAACAGCAAUCCGGGUGGCUUCCGGCAAACCUACUGGACUUUUACCGUCCAAAACAGCGCUUGCCUCAUGACGGAAUUAGUCGAAAUCUACCUAGAAGAAGUGGCGUCUGUCAAAGAUGUUGCGGGCAUUGUUCCUUCAGUUGUUUUCCAGCUCAUCACAACCGAUAUGUCUCAGUAUUUCUCCCGAGACGGCGGUAACCCACUGGGACUUGAUGGGCAGGGUCCUUUGAAUGUGGUCAAUAUUGCCAUCUCAUGGUCUAAUGCUGUUGACGAUAAGCGUGUCAUGGCUGCCGCGCAGAAUAUCGUUGACCGGUCUACUACAACUGCGCGUACUCAGGGACUAGAUCAUCCCUACCUUUAUCAGAAUUAUGCUUCAUACCAGCAGGAUGUCUUUGCGAGCUAUGGGAAGGAGAACCUUGCAAAGUUGAGGUCCAUAAGUGCAAAGUAUGAUCCCCAACAAGUUUGGCAACAACUGCAGCCAGGAUACUUCAAGCUGUGGUGA